GCCUUGAGAUCCAAACGCGGUGGUAGUUGGAACUUGUGUUAUAGCUUGCCUGUCAGUCACGCACGGCCCUUCGCCGCUAACGUCUAGUAAAAGUGAUAAACUUUAUAAAAAUUGGGUAUUGUUUAAAAUUCUCUUUCGUAGACGUAGCAAAUCAAGCAAUUCGUCAAAUAAAACAGGUAUAAAAACUUUCCAUGCAAUGUUAUGAGUGAUAUCCAAACAACAUCAGCUGUGCGAGAAGGCAGGCUUUUUACAAUAUUGGGUUUAGUGAUGGCUACGUGUAAAGAUGCCAUUGAAGAAGAGCUCUGCGCCCUCCCCCAACGCUACAAAAAAGACUUCCGCACCGCGCUACCUCAGAUCAUAGCAGUGAGCGUCAAGAACUUAUUGCUUCUAGGGUAUGGCAUGACUCUGGGCUUCCCUACUAUUCUGAUACCUUCAGUGCAAAAUCCAGUGGAUGGCGAAGUGUUGCAUUUGCAUAAAUCGGAGUUAUCAUGGAUAAGUUCUAUAAACUUAGUGGUAGUCCCAUUGGGAUGCGCUCUGUCAGGAGUUGUGACCACGCCUUUGGGACGCCGGAGGGCGAUGCAGUUAGUGAACUUGCCCUUCUUCAUAGCGUGGCUGAUCUUCCACUUUUCAACGGUGACGUCACACCUGUACGGUGCCCUGUUCCUCACUGGGCUAGCGGGUGGACUUUUAGAAGCACCUGUGCUGACGUACGUGGCGGAGAUCACGCAGCCGCACUUGCGCGGGGCCCUAACCGCCACCAGCACCAUGGCCAUCAUCCUGGGCGUCUUCACGCAGUUCCUCUUUGGCACCCUGAUGUAUUGGCGGACUGUCGCUUUGGUUAACAUUACAUUCACGGUAUUGGCAGUGGUCGCAUUAUUCUUCGUGCCUGAGUCUCCGCAUUGGUUAGUUUCAAAAAAACAAAUUGACGACGCCAGAAAGAGUUUACAAUGGCUCCGAGGGUGGACAAAUGCACAGUCAGUUGAAGCCGAGUUAAAAGACAUUCAAACUUUCUACAAAACGAAAAUAGCGGAAGAGGACGGCAUAGACGAGUCAUUUUCGGAAAAGGUGUCGAAUUACAUGUCGAGGAGUUUCCUGAUACCUUUCACUCUCGUCUGCUACAGUUUUUUUGUUGGACACUUCAGCGGUAUGACCACAUUACAGACAUAUGCAGUAUCGAUUUUUCAAAUGUUGGAAGCGCCCAUCGACAAAUAUUAUGCGACUCUCAUACUCGGCGUCCUGCAGAUGGUAGGGACUGGCUUCUGUGUUGUGCUGGUACACUACACAGGGAAGAGACCGCUAACAUUGUUCUCUACGGCAGGCGCUACGGUGUGCUGCCUACUCGUAGCAGGCUAUGAUGGAUACAUGAAGAUGGUUCGUAGCAGUAGCCAAUGUAUUUUUCUGUGCUCUGUGUACGAGCCACCGCAAGUUUCUGGGCCAGCUAAUGCAACAUUCACUGUGGGAGACGUAAAUUCAGUAACGGAAAAUACCUAUGUUUGGAUGCCGACCACACUGUUAAUGUUGCUGGCACUUAUCACGCACACGGGCAUCAGGUUAUUACCUUGGAUUUUAAUCGGAGAGGUGUUCAGUGCCAAAACUCGAUCCGGCAGUGCUGGCUUGGCGAGUGCAGUGGGUUAUAUACUCGGUUUCCUCACGAACAAGAUGUAUAUAAGCAUGGUGGACUCUCUUUCUAUAUGGGGUACAUACGGAUUUUACUGUAUAGUGAGUUUCACAGGCUGCAUAGCAUUUUAUUUCAUAUUGCCUGAAACAGAAGGAAAAACAUUGAAAGACAUAGAAAACCACUUCGCUGGAGUAAAAAAACUAACAAAUGAAGUUUACAGAUCUAAGAGGAAACAAAAAGCUGAUAUAUCAAGAUUGCAUGAAUUAAAAGGAUCGUCUAAUCCCACAUUUGAAGAUGACAAAUGUUAAAUUCAUACCUAGCCAAAAUGGUCAAUAAAUCAGAUAAAUGUUGACGUUGAUAUGUUACAAUGACAUGACAAACAAGUACACCUAGUAGAGAUAUUAUAAUAUGCUUUAAAAAGUAACCUGAUUACGCUAACAGGAAAAUAAAUUAUAUUAUUGGAAUCAAAUAGAUGAAAUCCAAUGCAUUUUAUAUUUUUUUAUCCAAUUUAACGAAAUUUAGAAUAAAUAUAAAGGGGACCUUGUAAAUAAGGAUAGAGGCUAUUUAGGACAUGAAAUUUAUUCUUACUUGAAGUUAAUGUGAAAAUGUACAAAAAAUUGUAUGGUAAAUUCAUUUAUUCGAUUCAGAAAAAGGCGCAUGCAUUAGCUAGCGAUAAUGUUAACGCAAAAGUUCCAAGUUAAUCCUGAAUUAUAUAGUUCAAAGUAGUGAGAUGAUUACGAUGUAGGUUUUAAUUGUUUCAAUCGCUUUUUUUUUUGUAUAAAAUUAUGUAAACCUUUACCACGAUAUAUUUAGAACACCAUUAGUAUUAUUGUGAUAUAAUACCAAAUAAAGCUGACGUCAACCUUAUUUGUACACACCGGUGCCUUCACUUCAAGCAGUGUCAAGUAUCAACUUAGUAAUUCCGUGAUAAAAAUUUGCAGUACCAGUGGUGAUAUUCAUGAUAAAUGAACUGUAAAUAUUACGUAUGCAAGCAUCCUUUGUAACCUUGGUAAACCUCCUUUGGAAGACGGCACAGUGUUUUAUGGAACCAAAAA